CACCGGGCAUGCUCAGUGGCGCGGCCGGCUGGGUGGCCCGGCGAGCUGUACCCGGAUCUGCUCGGCAGCAGCCGCUGCGACGUGAGCGCGCAGGGGGGCGGCGGCCUUCCCUCGUCUACCUCUUUGCGCCAGGGUCCGGUGGGUGACGCCGAGCGCGAGAGAGAUGUCGGAUUUCGACAGUAACCCGUUUGCCGACCCGGAUCUCAACAACCCCUUCAAGGACCCAUCAGUUACACAGGUGACAAGAAAUGUUCCUCCAGGACUUGAUGAAUACAAUCCAUUCUCGGAUUCUAGAACACCUCCACCAGGCAAUGUGAAAAUGCCUAAUGUACCCAGUACACAGCCAGCAAUAAUGAAACCAACAGAGGAACAUCCAGCUUAUACACAGAUUGCAAAGGAACAUGCCUUGGCUCAAGCUGAACUUCUUAAGCGCCAGGAAGAACUAGAAAGAAAAGCAGCAGAAUUAGAUCGUCGAGAACGUGAAAUGCAAAACCUCAGUCAACAUGGCAGAAAAAAUAAUUGGCCACCUCUUCCUAGCAAUUUUCCUGUUGGACCUUGUUUCUAUCAGGAUUUUUCUGUAGACAUUCCUGUAGAAUUCCAGAAAACAGUAAAGAUUAUGUACUACUUGUGGAUGUUCCACGCUGUAACACUAUUUCUAAAUAUCUUUGGAUGCUUGGCUUGGAUUUGUGUUGAUUCUACAAGAGGAGUUGAUUUUGGAUUGAGUAUCCUGUGGUUCUUGCUUUUUACUCCUUGUUCAUUUGUCUGUUGGUACAGACCACUUUACGGAGCUUUCAGGAGUGACAGUUCAUUCAGAUUCUUUGUAUUCUUCUUCGUCUAUAUUUGUCAGUUCGCUGUACAUGUUCUACAGGCUGCAGGAUUUCACAACUGGGGCAACUGUGGUUGGAUUUCAUCCCUUACUGGUCUCAACCGAAGUAUUCCUGUUGGAAUCAUGAUGAUAUUCAUAGCAGCACUUUUCACAGCAUCAGCAGUCAUCUCACUAGUUAUGUUUAAAAAGGUACAUGGACUAUAUCGCACGACGGGUGCUAGUUUUGAGAAGGCCCAACAAGAGUUCGCAACAGGCGUGAUGUCCAACAAAACUGUCCAGACCGCAGCUGCAAACGCAGCUUCCACUGCAGCAACUAGUGCAGCUCAGAAUGCUUUCAAGGGUAACCAAAUUUAGAGAAUCUUCAAACAAUACACUGUUACCUUUUGAUGGUACUUUUUUCUCCAGUUACUGUAUUCUAUAAAUAUUUUUAUGUUUAAAACACACAAUACACACAGCAUGUAUAUCUCUUAUUCACUUGUGCAUGGGUGAAAACCAGAAAAACAUCCUCGUCUUAUUAUUUACCUAACAGUUUCUUAAGAUUUUAGUGCCCCUUGCAGAAAAACAUAUUACCUGCUAAAUAUUCUCCAUAUUUUUUGGAGGAUGAAGGUUCAGCAAAUUAUUUCAGUGGUGAGACACUGAAAUUAACAUGGUAGUUAUUAUUAAAAAUGCAUUUAGUACUAGCUGCAGUCAUUCUUUCAAGAAUCUUAUUCUUAAGGGUUGCACAUUGGAGCAGUAAGUUGUUGCUUCAUUUCUCUUUCCUUAUUUAUAUUGAAAAAAAUAGACCGGAUUUUUUAAUUGGCUUGCUUUUUAGCAGUUUCAGUCACCAGUGAAGAGCCUAUGUGCAUUCGUAGUAGAUAAUGUAAAUUUUAUCUUUUUCUUUUCUUUUUUUAGAGUAGUUGAUACUUUGAUAUCAAUCUCGGAUCUUGCAUGGGCACCACAUUUCUUAAAAGAAUUAGUAUUUUGGGUUCUGCACUGCUUAUGGUUGUAGGAUUGGGAAGUUGUAGAAUUAUAGAAAUGAUUUUCUAUAAUAAUUUCUUUUAAAUAAAAGUUUAUUGGGGUGUAAUGAGAAUAUAAAAUGCAGUGUAUUACCCAAAAGAAAAGGUAGAAAAUUGAUGGAAUAGAAUGUAAUGAUGAGAAUUCCUUUUUUAAAAAAAAUUUUCAGUAUUCAUAUCAUAGUAAAAUAUUACUGUAUGGAAACUUUAGUAUAUUCUUGUGGCUACCCUUUUUAAUUGAACUGAGAUUGUAUUUGGCAGCUCUUUUUGGGGGUGUGUGUGUAAUUUUUAACAGAGGUGUUAAAGUCUAGCCUAACUCCUUGUCCAUAAAGAACAUACAGUAUUUAAGGGAUUUUUUUAGCCUCUCCUAUCUAGUGGCAUUAAAAAUAAAAAGACCCUCGCAUACACAUACUUGAAUCCCUAAUGCAUCCCGGUCUUUCAAUUUUUGAGACUAACUAUAUUAAAAAAGUUUAGUAGUAGAAAAAAUAAAACAUUUAACUUGCACCAAGCAAGAAAAUACACAGUUGAAUGCAUUAAUUAUGAAUGUAAUCACUUUAAAAUUGUUAUUGUGCAGCACAGGGGUUCAUUCUCAGAGUAUGCUUUUGGGUUGAAAGUUUGAAUCAUGUUUAAUACUGAUUAAGAGACCCAAGACAUUUGUAAAGUAGUGAUACUGUGUUUUUGAAGUCAUUAGCUAAUUUAAGAUUACAGAAUAAUAGGCAGUGAUUUAUUCAAUUUGAUUUUAAGUAAGAAUCAUUUAUUGGAUUAUAUUAUUUGAGACUGCACAUCCUUUUUUAAAACAAAGAUCGGAUGGACACAAAUGGUUAAAUCCCUUUUUCUCCCCUCCCUAACUCUGGGCCAGAAUGGUGUGUUCUCACUGUUUAUGAAGAGGCUUUGCGUGGCAGUGCUGCUGGGUGACUCAGAUCCAUCCAGGUGGUGUUUACAUUGGAUUUAGUUAGGACUUGACUGAAGUAAUAUACUUGGAAUAUAUUUCUUUUAUUUUGAUGAAAAUAGGGCUCAGAGUAUGACUUUAAAGCUGUUUAUGAGUAUUUCUCAUCAGCCAUAAUCUCCACCUACUUUCUCAACCAAAUAAGCCAGUUCAAGAAUUACAGUUCAGAAUCUGUAAUCUUAUUGAAAAUAUUUCAUCUGUGUGCUUUAAUUAAGUGUGGAUUUUACAGACAUUCAAAACAUUAACCACAAAAUACAGCAAGAACACUAUGUCCAUUAUUAAUUUAUAUCUCAAAUCCAUUUUCAUUUUCCUUUACAGUACAACUAAAAGAUGUAGCGUAGAGACUUUUGGAAAACGCUGAGAUACUGUUCUUCAGCAUCAGAAGUGUCUGUACCUGUUCUGUAGAAACCCCAUUGUUAAAUAGCAGAGAGUGAUUACAAGCAACAGUAGCUUUUUUGUGUGGACGGUGAACACGUUGUUAUAAAUUCAGUUGUUUGGAUUAAUAAAAGCUUAUAAGAGAAUUGUUUUU